GCAAGAGUACUGGAGUGGGUUGCCAUUUCCUUCUCCAGGGGACCUUCCCGACUCAGGGAUUGAACCUGGGUCUCCCGCAUUGCAGGUGGACGCUCUACCCUCUAAGCCACCAGGGAAGCCCUGAAUGAAAAGUAGACACCGUACAAUAACGUGAAACAGAAGAGAUCGUGGGCAAGCAAAAUGAACCACCACCAACCUCACCAGAGGCCGGUGAAGUGAUGUUGGAAGAUGGUGGGAUUGGAAAGGAGUCCUCUGUUAUGAGCUCCUUCUGUAAAACCAAACAAUUAUUUCCACCAAGUACUGCUCCCAGUUAGACCCACUGAAAGCAGGAAUCAACAAAAAGUGUCCAAAAUUAGUCAACAGAAAGCCCACAAUCUUCCAUCAAGGUAAUGUAAAACUCCGUAUUUCUUUGAUGACCAGGCAAAAAAAACUGGUCAGCUUGGCUAGGAAGUUCUGAUUCAUCUGCAGUGUUCACCAGACAUUGCACCUUUGGAUUUCCAUUUAUUUUGGUCUUUCCAAAAUUAUCUUAAUGGCAAAAAAAUUUCAGUGCCCUAUAGUAAAAGGCACCUGUAACAGUUCUUUGCUCAAAAAGAUAAAAAGUUUGGGAAAGGUGGAAUUAUGAAGUUGCCUGAAAAAUGGCAGCAGGUUAUGGAACAAAACAGUGAAUAUGUUAUUCAAUAAAGUUCUUGGUGAAAGUGAAAAAUGUGUCUUAUUUUUAUUUAAAAAUCAAAGGAACUCUCACUACUCGCCGUUUCAAAAUGCUGCUAAGACCUUAGGGACAGUUGAGUGAUGCCCCCUCACCCCCGGGCUCGGCGGAAAGCGACUCAUGGAACGGCCAUGAGCAGACUUCACAUCACUUCACUGCCAAAAUGACAUCAUUUUCCACCUCUGCCCAGUGUUCAGCAUCUGACAGUGCUUGCAGGAUCUCUCCAGAACAAACCAAUCAGGUACGACCAAAACUGCCUCUUUUGAAGAUUUUGCAAGCAGCAGGUGCACAAGGUGAAAUGUUCACUGUUAAAGAGGUUAUGCAUUAUCUAGGCCAGUAUAUAAUGGUGAAGCAGCUUUAUGAUCAGCAGGAGCAGCAUAUGGUAUAUUGUGGUGGAGAUCUUUUGGGAGAACUACUGGGUCAUCAGAGCUUCUCUGUGAAAGAUCCAAGCCCUCUCUAUGAUAUGCUAAGAAAGAAUCUUGUCACACUAGCUACUGCUACUACAGAUGCUGCUCAGACUCUGGCUAUCGCACAGGAGCACAGUAUGGAUAUUCCAAGUCAAGACUGACUGAAGCAAAAUGUAGAGGAAAGCCUCAGUUCCAGGAAAAGAACUGAAGAAGGCAAUAUUCCCACACUGCCUACCUCACAGUAUAAAUGCAGAAGUUCUAGAGCAGAUGAAGACUUGGUAGCAAAUUUAACUCAAGAAGAGACGUCAAGACUGGAUCUCGGGUUUGAGGAGUGGGAUGUAGCUGGCUUGCCUUGGUGGUUUUUGGGAAACUUGAGAAAUAUCUAUACACCUAGAAGUAAUGGCUAAACUGAUUUACCGACAAAUCAGGAUAUAGGUACUGCCAUUGUGUCAGACACCACAGAUGACUUGUGGUUUUUGAAUGAAUCAGUGUCAGAGCAAUUCGGUGUUGGGAUAAAAGUUGAAGCUGCUGAUCCUGAACAAACAAGUGAAGAAGUAGGGAAAGAGAGAGACAAAAAGGUGGUUGACAUGGGAAAAAAUGAUGACCUGGUGGACCCUGAAUCCAUAAGUGAUGAUACCGACACAGAAGUUACCUCUGAGGAUGAGUGGCAGUGUACUGAGUGCAAGAAAUUUAACUCUCCAAGCAAGAGGUACUGUUUUCGUUGCUGGGCCUUGAGGAAGGAUUGGUACUCAGAUUGUUCCAAGUUAACCCAUUCUCUCUCCACAGCUGCUAUCACUGCCAUACCUGAAAAGCAAGAAAGUGAAGGAAUUGAUGUCCCUGACUGCAGAAGAACUGUAUCAGCUCCAGUUGUUAGACCUAAAGAUAUAUACAUAAAAGAAGAAAACUCUGAACAUUUUGAUCCUUGCAACUCGGUGGAAUUCUUGGAUUUGGCUCAUAGUUCUGAAAGCCAAGAGACCAUAUCAAGCAUGGUAGAACAAUCAGAUAACCUUUUUGAACAGAGAAAAGAUACAGAAAACAUGGAGGAUUGCCAGAAUCUUUUGAAGCCAUGUAGUCUGUGUGAGAAAAGACCACGAGACGGAAACAUCAUUCACGGGAGGACAGGCCAUCUUGUCACUUGUUUUCAUUGUGCUAGAAGACUAAAGAAGGCUGGGGCUUCUUGUCCUAUUUGCAAGAAAGAGAUUCAGUUGGUUAUUAAGGUUUUCGUAGCAUAGCUGAAUCGGUGAAUUACAGACACAUAUUAACAGAGCUGGUCAUGUAUCCAAAUAUCAGUAUUGAGCAUCUCUACGCAGGGUGACUCAUUUCAUACUUUCAUUUAUUCUUGUAAACUUUUAUGUUCUAAGCCAUUUUUACCUCUAAACUUAUAGAAUUUGAGAAUAAGUUCUUUAGAACUACAUUAUCAGUAUGGAGACUAUUAACAUUAAAAGAGAAGUUAAUCAUUCUGUCUCCAAAGAUGAGGCUCUGGGAGGGAGCAGUACAAAUAGAAAUACAUUCGUUCUUUCAUUUACCAAAUUACCUGAAGAUGAAUCAUUUCUUUAUUUAAUUUAAUUUCUUACUGUUCUUUUCUGGUAGGGAAUGUUCUUGGGCAUCAAAAUCCAAGGUGACUGUUAGAAAGAUAUUAAAGCUAU